UGGAGAACACAGGGAUCCUGACAAAUUGAUAUCAAAUGCAAGAUGGCGUCUGCACCUUCCAGUGUGACGGCCACAGUGUCGGCUCUGGACACCAAAUCUCGACGCUUAGUCGACCAAAUCGUAGACCAUUUCAAGAGGCAGGGGAACUUUGAUGAACUUAGAAGAGAUUGUCUCGAUGAGUUGGAUAAAAUGGAAUCUUUUCGACAACUGAAUCAACGUGUUGAAAGCUAUGUAGCGACUUUUCUUUCAAAGCAAGAUUGGUCUGAUUCUCUCCCCAAGAACCAAGUUAGGAACAGUCUGAGGAAACAUGUAAAUGAAUCUGAUGCCUUAAAGACAGGAGUGGAUAGACUUGUCUCACAAGCACUCGAAAGGAAACGUAAAUCAUUCCAGAUGAGAAUUGAAGGUGUUGUUCAGAACUACAUCUUUACUGAGAAACAAAAAGAGAGGCAGGCUCGCUGGAAAGCAAGAUGUGACCAGAAUCAAAGUAAACAAGAACCAGAGAAGACUGAUACUAAGACAAUGUCUACAAUUUCAUCAAUUACAGACAUUAUAAGUCAAAUACCAGGUAUGCAGGAAUCUCCAGCAAGUACCACAGAGGAGAGCUCACCCAAACCAAGCUCUUCAAAUUCUUCCUCAGUUGUAUCUAAACUUAGCACCACAUCAACAUAUGUUCAAGCUAAAGCAGAAACCAAGAGUGAAACAUUAAGCCAUCAUGAGCAAAAUAAGUCAAGCAGUAGCUUAACAAAACAAAGCCCAGGUCUUGUAAGGUCACUGAAAGGAAAGCGUCUAGCUCAUAAGCCUAGUGCAUCGGCCUCCCCUGGUACCCAAAGUCCUUCAGACCAAAAAGAAAAGGUGAUAAGUAGUUCAGGAGAUUUUGGAUCAAAAGUAAAGCAGCUUGGGUCAAAAGUGAUCUCAAGGAGUGCAAGUACUGAAUCUGCACCUGAGAAGGAUUUCAAGUCCACAAAAGAUUCUCCUGUUCCACUACAAGUAAUUGAGAAAGCUGAACCAAGGGCAAAAGAUGAAGAAUCUAAAGCACAUGUAGAAACACUAAAGGGUAAUGAACUGCACAGACCACCUUCUCUUAAUACAGAUCUCUCUUCUAAAAGUGCCUUAGUCACAGAACCCGACAGCCAGGAAAGUGAUUUGGAAGCAACAGCAACAGUCUCAAGUAUAAACACUGAGCCACAUAAAACCUCAAAACAUUCAAAUAAACAAGAUUUUAAAGAAACGCUGCCUGACUUGGCCAUUUCUAGGAAGGAAAAGCACGAAAAGAAAGCUACUCAGAUGGAAUUAGAUGGUGAAAAGGAAGAAGUUGGAAAGAGGGCAAACAUCAUUUCUGAUGAGAGCCAACCAUGUGGAGUUAUCCCCGAGGACAAACAAGACUCAGAUGACGACUCUGAUAUAUCGGAUGUGAGUUCCGUUCACACAAGCGACCUGUCAUCAUUUGAUGAAGAUUUAAGCUCUGAAUCUGACAAUGAGUCAACUCCUGGGGCAAAAGAGGAAUCUAUGCCACAAGACAGAAGCAAACCUAGGACAAACAAAACCGAUGACAUUAAAAAACAAGCACAUGGGGAAAUGAAUAAAGUGUCUAAACAUGCAACUGAACCGUCUGGAGAUAGUGAUUCUUUGAAACGCAGACGUGGUCGGCCCCGUAAGGAAGAGAAGACUGCUGGUGACAAUAAAAGAGAGCAGAUGCGACAGCCACGGUCAAGGAAGAGGGAAGAUAGUGCUGGUGACAACAAUGGGCAGCGGAUUCGGUCAAAACGAAUGAUUAAAAGAAAGAGGUGCUACUCUCCUAGCAGUGAGAGUACCAGGGAGGUCCGUCUUCCCUCUAAACACACUCGCACUGGCUCUUGGGACUAGGACCCAGACACUACAAUAGAUGGCAGAUGCCUUCCUUCGAAGCACACUCACUCUAGAUCUAGGGAUCAGGGUGGUAUGUCUCCCUUCAAAGGCCAUUAACGCUGGGUCAAGAGAGCAGGUAGCUAUUUUUUGUUAUCACAGGCACACUUAGAUGUUUUCCCAGAACCAGGGCAUCUUAGUUUACUGAAGCAAGUGAGAAGGUAGGAGGAAAGAGAAAAAAGAAAUCACAAAGUAUCUUUUGACCUACCUCCCCCUUCAUUUUGUAAAUAUUUGGUGCUUGUAGAAUAAAGAUGUAUACCAUCCGUGACCGAUUUCGGCAAUUCUACUUUUUACCUUUUGGGGCGGAUAUGAUAACUGAAAAAUUGGAAAGACUAGAAAAAUUUCUUAUUUCCUUUUCCCUGUCGAUCUUGAAAAUACAUUAGGAUGUAGUUUUUUUUGCCAAUCAAACCUCGACAGUAACUGGGCAGUGUGUGCUAUGCCGACAGUAAUUAGCAGAAAUGUAAAUCCUAACAUUACUGGAAGUUUUUUUCAUUUUGCAGUAACAAAGAAAGCAAAAAAAAAGGUUACGGCCCACUUUCGGCAAUUCGUCUUCUCCCCACCCGGUAGACGCUAAGAUACUGGCUCGCAUCGUAUCAGGUGGGGUCGUUUGUUUGCAUAAAAAAAAAGGUAGAGCCGAUUGCCCGAGGAUCGAACCUCAGAUCAGAUAAACGAGAGAAAAAGAUAGAUUAUACUCUUCCAGACAUAGUCUGAAACUCCGUAUGGCAGCUAAAGCUUUACAGCUAGGUUUUAGAUUUCGACCCAAACACCGCUAUCUAGCGAACUGUACAAUGCAAAGGAACCUGAGGUACCCGCGCGUUAAUGGGGAGGCACUAACCAGGAUCUCAGCCCUGUCUUAGUCGGAUACGCCACGCACAGCUCACUGAGAUGUAGACUGAAAAAUAUCGGGGUAUUUUUAACGAUUGUGUCUCGUGAGAAUUAGCUGGUUGCUUUAGUAAUAUGGUAAAUUCGUCAUCAUGCACAGCACGCUGUGAACUAGGCAUAAUAAUUGCUGCAUUAAGCCUUUUGCUCUCCUUUUCUCAGUCUCGCACGUCCAUAUGACAUCUUUUCGUGGUGCCGCCUUUAGUGUUUUGUUCUCCUGUGCUCAUAGUCGCGCACGUGCAUAUCUUUCGUGCUCUGAAACAAGUAAACUGACUAGUAAAAUGUGAGCUAUCUAUAGAUAGUUCAUGCGCUCAUUUAAAACAAAAAGUGGAAUAUUUAGGCGUUUAUUUUUAUCGCCAUCAGGUUGAUAAAGCAUAGGACAUAAAAAACAAGGACCUUGCUUAAUAUGUAAACAAAUGACCGCACGCGAUACGAUGCGCGCCAGAAUAUAGCGCCUGGACCGUAACUUUUUUCUUUGUUACCGCGAAA